AGAUUUCAUGGCCAUUCUCUCACUUCUUCCUCCACUUCCUACUCCUUUCCAAAAAUCCAUUUCACUUCUUUGAGUUCUCCCCAUUACUGCCAUGCCUCAGUUUCUCUCUCUAGCCUCGCCAUGACGAGACAAUGGAUUGAAGAGUCAUCUCAGAAGUUAGGGCAUGUACAACCGAAGAUAUUCCCUGGUAAAUCUAUCAGAAGCUCCAUUUCUCGGACCUUUGGAACCAACAAUGGCUCCAUGGUUCCGAUGAGGUAUCUUCUCUCUAGAGGUCGAUUCCCUGAGCGUUUUAAAUGCUUCUACCACGGUUGAGGUUUAAAAAGGGCAUUGUAUUCAGCUUCCACGACCUUGCGUACAGAGGUUCGAGCCCUAUAUUUGAGAAUGGUCCACCAGUUAGGGUUUCAGAGGUAAUCCCUAACCCUGAUGCUUGGUUAGUUAAGGUUUUAUGCACUUUGUGUGUUAGGGUUGGUUGGUGUUCUUCAUUGGAGUCCAGGCUGAAACAUUUCUCUAAAGCGUUGAACCCUUUGGUCUCUUUCGAGGUUAUUAAAAGAUUGAAUGACCCCAAGUUAUCAUUGAGAUUCUUCGAUUAUACGAAUGCUGAAUUGGGUUUCGAUCACUUAAUAGAAACUUAUAAGUACCUUAUAAAAAUUCUUUGUCAUGGUGGAUUUCCUGAGAAGGCGAAUGAAGUUUAUGUGGGCAUGAGGAAAUCAGGUCAUUUACCAAAUAACUGGGUCCUUGGUUUGUUGGUUUCUAGCUAUUCAGAAGCUGGUAAUUUUGAUGGUGCAAUGAGGUUAAUUAUACAAGCACUAGAGAAUAAUUUCAGGCCCAAUGUGGUAUUGUGCAAUAAAUUUUUGCAUUUAUUGAUUAAGAUGAACAAUAUAGAUGAGGCUGUGUAUUUCUUCACAAACCAUUUGAGAAAGAACUCGAUUUUCGAUACUUGCUCAUAUAACAUUAUUGUAAAAGGGCUAUGCAAAAGGGGAAGAAUUGAUGAGGCAUGGAUGUUUCUUAAAGAAAUGAAGGCCUUUGGUUGUUCUCCUGAUUUAGUUACAUAUAAUACCAUUAGUGGGAUGUGCAGGGUUAACCAUAUUGAUAGGGCUUGCGGGGUGUUAAAAGAAAUUCAUCCAAAUAAUGGUUUUGCCCCCGAUGUUGUAUCGUACACAGCUGUGAUAACAGGCUAUUGCAAGGCAGGGAAUAUGGAAGGGGCUGAGAGGCUCUUUGCUGAAAUGCUUGACAAUGGAAUAAAACCCAACACUGUAACUUUCAAUGUUCUCAUUGAUGGUUAUGGAAAGUUGGGAAAUAUGGGGCGGGCAAAGUCGUUAUUUGAGCAGAUGAGUGCUCAAGGGUGUUUUAUAGAUGUUGUUACCUAUACCACUUUGAUUGAUGCGAAUUGCCGGGGUGGGCUAGUUGAUGAAGCUUUGAGGCUUUGGGGAGAAAUGGGGUUCCGAAAAAUUUCUCCUAAUGAGUAUACUUUCUCAGUAAUUAUCAAUGCUUUAUGUAAGGAAAAUAGAGUAUCAGAAGCCUAUGCUCUGUUGCUGCAAUUAAAAUGCCGAAAUUUCGUUCCUGAACCGUUUACUUACAAUCCCGUGAUAGACGGGUUAUGCAAGGCAGGCAAUGUGGAGGAGGCGAAUCACAUUGUGGAAGAAAUGGAGGCUAAAGGUUGUGAACACGAUAAGUUCACAUAUACCAUUUUGAUUGUUGGCCAUUGCAUGAAAGGGAGAGUGGUUGAAGCCAUUGAUCUUUUCCAUAAAAUGUUUGAUAAACGCUGUUUUCCUGAUGCUAUAACAGUAAAUUCUUUGAUAACUUUGCUUUUGAAGGCUGGUAUGCCCAAUGAAGCCAGCCAAAUUGUAGCUAUGGUGUCAGAAAACAGGCUCAAUCUGGAUUUAACAUCCUCCAGUUCAAGACCGAUUCCUUGUGCACUGAAAAGAAUGGAAAUUCCAGCAGCUGCUUGACCAAAGAAUGUCAUGCAAAUUGUAUCCAAUUCAUUGAAAUCCAUUCAAGUGAGUUCCAAAGCCAAAGUAUGACUCGGAUUCUUGGUUUAGUGCAAGCACCGCUUUCAAUCAUUGGGAAAUGCAAUUGAGAAUUGGCGAGAAAUAGCGCCCAUAAGUUUAUGGUUGAACUCACUGAGAAUUGGUGAGAAAUAGCGCCCAUGUGUUUAUGGUUGAACUCUUUCAAAUGAAGACGUGAUUGAGCUUCUUAGAAAGUAUCCGUCUCCAACCCAAGCUGAAAUAGCUCUAACACUGUUCUGAGACUGGUGCUUAACCCAGUACAUGAGUUUCAGAUGAUAUGUAAAGCGGCAAUUAUUGUAAGUUACAACAAUUUUGGUUGGGUAAUAGUA